AUGCGCCUCGCCGUGUACCUGGUGGCCGCCGCGCUGUCGCUACAGCUCGCCCCGAUCGGUCUGCUCACGGCCGCGACGGGAGAAAGCCUGGCUAACAGAGCUAGAACAGUGACCAGUUUCAUUCUCUGCGCAGGUGCGAACCUCUGUUCUCCCAACCCUUGUCGGAACCAAGGAGUGUGCAGGGAACAGCCUAGCGGUCACAACUGUAACUGCACCGCUGGUUUCUUCGGUACAAACUGCGAGGAUGGUCUUCAGCUUGUGGGCGGAAGUUCGCCCAAUGAAGGCAGGGUUGAAGUGUUCCAUGAGGGGACCUGGGAGUCGGUGUGUCAGGCCGGCUGGGACCUGGAGGACGCCGACGUGGUGUGCCGUCAGCUGGGGUACGGACGUGCCGCCGACAUCAGCCAAUCAGAAACCUUCGGGCAGGUGUCUGGCGAUUUCGGGCUGGGGGACGUAGCCUGCACUGGUUCUGAGGCAACCAUCAGCGACUGUUCCCCUAGCGAAUGGCACCGCCUUGACUGCGACUUGGAAUACGCCGGAGUAACCUGCGAAACAAACCUUGCCCCCUCGCCCGCCCCGGACGUGUCGGACUUCCGGAGGGAGUGGCUGUGGCUCGUGGUCGGGUUUCUGCUGCUGGGUCUGGCCGUUGCAGUCAUCGCCUUCACUGUGGCUCAAAGACUACGCAAGGCUAAAGUGAAGAAGGCCGCUAACCGCCGGCGGGCCAUGGAGAUGAGUCGGCGGCCGCUCCCUCCCGUGCCUCCCGUACCGCCCAGGGCAACGACACGGAACACACGCCGGGAGAACACCGGCGGAGGGGGCGAAGAACGCGAAUACGACGUUCCACCUGACAGCGCCACGGCCGGAUAUGACGUGUCUCCUACCCACACCAGACCCGCAUAUGACGUACCUCCUAACUACACCAGCACUCCUCGGACGUACGACACGCGGCUGCCCGCCCCAACAGCACCACCUGACCCGGUCUUCGUCGGGACCUACGGCAUGCCGGUACCGGCUUACAGCCAGGCGCCCAGCUGCUACCCACCGUACCGCACUGAACAGCCCGCUCUACCCCCGCGCACAUUUGACACGUACGGCAUUCACGACAUGGCCCCUAGCGACAUUGUUGUGUCCGACACUUACUGCAUAGAUUCGAUCACUGACAGAACGUCAUAUUUCAGUCGCACAUGA